CUUUGCGUCAUCACGCCGCGACGCGUCUCCAUGGCGGCGGCGAGCACCGGGCCGUACCGGCGGGAGCGCAGCCUGGCGCUGCGGGGCAGCAGCUCGGCGCUCUACAACAACCUGGCGGUGCUGCGCGGCCCCGGGCGCGCCCCGGCGCUCGGAGCCGUGCACGGCAGCAGCCUCAGCCUGCUGGCCGGCGAGGGGCCCGCCCGGCAGCUGCAGGCGCGGGGAGGGGGCUCUGCCCUCAGCACGCCCCUGCUGACCCAGGCCGCGUGGUGCCAGCUGCCAUCCCGGGUGCUGCUGGUGCUCACGUCCCAGCGCGGGGUGCAGAUGCACGAGGCUGAUGGCUCCACCAUGGUGUUCUGGCACGCCCUGGACGUCCCGGAGCUGCCACCAGCACAUUCCGUGUUCGCCCGAGGCAUCGCCGCGGCCGGCGGCCGCUUCGUCUGCGUGGGGACGUCCUUUGGGGCCGUGCUGGUGUUUGACAUCCCCCCAAAAGGCACCAACGUGACGCUGAGCGAGGUCCUGGAGCAGCACCGGGAUCCCGUCACCGACAUCGCGGCCGAGCAGGGCCAGGCCCCGGACGGGGCUGGCGACCUGGUGACAGCCGAUGACUCCGGGACGCUGUGCCUCUGGAGCAGCGGGGAGGAGUUCACCCUGCUGGGGAAGAUCCCGGGAUCUGGCUGCUCCUGCUCCUCGGUGGCGCUGUGGAACGGGACGGUGGCGGCGGGCUAUGGGAACGGGCAGAUCCGCCUGUGGGAGGCGGGGUCGGGGCGGAUCCGCGCCCAGGUCAGCGCCCACGCCCGCUGGAUCUACGCGCUGGACCUGGCCCCGCUCAGCGGCAAGCUGCUCUCGGGUGCCGAGGAUUCCUUUGUGCACGUCUGGAAGCUCAGCAGGAACCCGGACACCGAUGACAUCGAGGUGCAGCACUGCCACGCCGAGUGUGUGACGGACACUCAGGUGUGCGGCGCCCGCUUCUGCGACCCCGCCGGGGACACCUUCGCUGUCACCGGCUACGACCUGAGCGAGAUCCUGUGCUACGGCCCCGCCUGAGCCCGGACUGCGGCAAGAACGGGAGUGCCGGGACCCCCGGGGGACGGGGGUGAGCACAGCCCCCCCGGCAGCUCCGGCCGGGAUCCCCCCUGCCCCGAGCCCUCCCGAGGGCCGGGAGCUGCUCCGGCUGCUGCAGCCCCGCGGGGAUGCUCCCGUGGCUCCCGCCGGCUCCGGGCUCCUCCCGUGGCUCCCGCCGGCUCCGGGCUCCUCCCGUGGCUCCCGCCCUUCCCGGAGGGUGGCGUGGCUGGGAGCGGAGCCGGCUCAGACGGGAGGAUCCCGGGGAACCUGUGCUACCGGCCCGGAGAGCCCAGCCCAGCGUCCCAGCGAGCAGCAUCUGCCAGCCACGGCUGCUGGGGAGGGAAGGAGGCCAGGGGCACCUGGGGGAUCCUGCAUCCCGACCCCCCGGGAUCCCGAAUCCCCACGGGAUGCUGCAGUCCCAUGGCCACUGGCCAGAUGUUCGAGGCCCCAGCUGUGCCCCGGGGCUGGAAACAGCAGCAGCAGCUGCAGUGACACCCCAGGGACGUCCCCAGGUCCCCUGCAGCCGCCCUGACUGUCCCUGACCCCCCCCGGGAGCUGAGGUGACCCCAGGCUCUGCUCCCAGGGCCCUGCGAGGCCGGGAGGGGGGAAUGGGGGGCCCAGCCUGGAGCUGGGGGGGCUCAGCCAGGGACAGGCCCUAGGAACCCCCCCACACCCCUCGGGAGACCUCCCCCACCCACCCUGUAUGUCCCACUCGUGUCCCCCCAGUGUGUGGGUCAGGUCCCCCCAGUUCUGCUCCCACCCCCACGUGCU